GCAGCAACUAAGCUGACCAUAUCAAACGUGAACAGUAAAAAAUGCGCAGUGAGCAGUCACGUGUCAUCAAGGCUACGUCACUGGAUUCCCCCAUCCGCUACUGAUAUUGUCGCGCAUGCGCACACUCAGACGUUUUCAAAGCACUCUGUACAUCGUACGCACUGACUGGGAAGACGAAGCUCCAGCUGGAACAUCCAGGGUCCUGCUGUGACGAAAUUGUGGAGCUACAAACUGCUGUCCCCUCCGUGGGUUUUUGAGCUGACAUCAUCAUAUCUCACCUAGUGACUGAAUUACCCCCAUAAAAAAAGCAUGGAGGGGGCCGUGGUGAACAACCUCAUAGACUUCGACUCGCCCCCAGAAGGGACAGCGGCCUCUGUUCUUGGACCUCCCAGUGGGGCGGACUUUUUCUCAUCCGAGCCUCUCGUCCCUGAGCCUGCGAGCGACGCCACCAUGGAGCCCCUUCUACCACAGCCCAUUGCCCCCACACACACUUCCCACAAAGAAGAAGAUAGUGAUGCCACCGAAUCUGCUGACAGUGAGAUCGAGGGCACAGAAUCGCCAUCACACCCGUCGAGCACGCGGCGGUCCUCAUCAUGCUCCAGUCACAGCACUGAGGACACAGAGGAGACGGAGAUACGGGUGUUCAUGAAAACCUAUGUGGCAAAGCUCUUCCAUGGAAGGGAGGACUUUGAUCAGGAGGAGAAGGCUCGCUUUGGAGAGCUGUGCACUGGAGAGAAUGGGAAAGGCAGGGAGUGGUUCGCCAAAUAUGUCAGUGCGCAGCGCUGCCACUCCAAAUGUGUGAGCGAACAGACUUUCUACAGGCUGGUGCAGUCCUUCGCCGUUGUUUUGUUUGAAUGUCACCAGGUGGAUGAUUAUAGUCCUGCCAAACACCUCAUGACCAUGUGCUUCACAUAUUACUACAUUGGUAAGUCCCAGCUGUCUCCCACAGAGCUGCUGGAGAGGCCCAGCGGGGGCAUCGACUCGUACCUGCGCACUGGAAAGGUCUGGCUCUCUGGGAAGAAGGAUAUCGCAGAGCGACUGCUCAAAAACACCUCCGCUAAGACUGACGUUAAAGGAUUCUUUGGGGGUCUGGAGAGCAAACUGAGAGGACCCUUGGGCCGAAAGAAUGAAGACGCAGACAGACCUGUUGAACAGAAAACCAAAACUCCAGUUUCUCCCCCCCUCUCCCCGGAUAGAAAAGAAGAGGAGAAAAUUUACCUGUACACGCACCUGAAACAGCAGCCCAUUUGGCACACUUUGAGGUUUUGGAACGCAGCAUUUUUUGACGCCGUCCAUUGUGAGAGAAAUAAAAGAUCCCCCACCACGAGGCGGACGGCUGAGGAAGAGAAAGAUGAAAGAGAAAAGUGGUGUCAUAUGACCCAGGAGGAGAAAGACGAUAGUUCCAGAUUUAAUGAGAACAUCACCUUUGGUCAGCUGGGGACAUUCACUCAUAACAUGGUGGCAUUUGGACUGAGCAAGAAACUUUGCAAUGACUUCCUGAAGAAGCAGGCAGUCAUUGGAAAUCUUAAUGAAGAGCAAUACAAGCUGCUGUGCGAUCACAUUGAGCAGAUGGCUGCCGAGUGAAUAUCCAAAAUCAUCUAAACUCUACCAUCUACAUCAGCACAUCCAUUUGAACUCUAAUGAUCAGUAUUCCACAAAUGCCAACACAGUUUAUCACUCCAAAGUCCUACUACGAUCCUUACAUUACAGAAAUCAUGCAAUUUAAAUGGUUGGCAUAGAUCAGCCUCAUGCCAUGAUGCUGCAAUGUGUGGAAACGGUUCAUUUUUGUCGAAACUGCAACAAUUUGACAAAAUAUGCACAUAUACUACAAUAGCAAUAUAGCAGUUUUCAAGCAUUAUAAAUUCAUAUUGUGCGAUGUGAAUAUGAUGCAAAACACAUCCUCAGCCCCAUUCAGUUAACUAUUUAUUUCCUUAACUUUCCUGCUGCUUUCAUGUACAGAGCUAUAGUACUAAAAGUGCCCUCUGAGCAAAUUCAAUGACAAAUAAUGAACAAAAAUACAGUCUAACAAUAUCAGUAUUUCAAUAUAUCAAUAUCAGUCUCAAUAUUUCUUAAUCCAUCCACUCUCCAAAAUUCUCAACUGGGCCUGUUCCUGUCGUAUAUGUCCCAAUCUAUUGCACUUCUUGUGUUCUUCCUGUAUGGAUAAACUGAGUAUUAAUAGUGUUUGUGACAUCCUCAUUUGUGGACACUAGAACUGUCUCUCUCUUCCCCUGUUUAAAGUGCCUUUAGUCCUUUAUUAAGCAGUGAUCUUCCCAUCUUAGUCCGAGCAAACCUGUGUCAGCAUGCUGUUAUCCUCUCAUGACUCUCUGGGUUAGCGCUCAUAAGUUUGUGCACUCUGCUAGUAGAUGUGUUAGUGUUGUGUGGAUAAUGCUUGCGUUUUGUAUUAGAGUCAGUUAAAGAAAAGUAUCACGCUGCAGCUGUUUGAGUGUCGUACAGUGUUGUGUCUUUAGCGCAUGGUAUGCAUGCACAUUGGUUACCAUCUACUUACACUUUUGUGCAAUUACAUUUCAAGCCAAUAGAGGGCGAUCAUAACCCUCCGCUUCGACUGUAGAUCAGUGGAGGUGAAUGUCAACCACUGAGUGGGGACUUCAAGAGCUUGUAUUGAAUCAAAUGUCCUCCAUGUGAGGAAAAAGCAAACAAAAGUUAAUAUAUUUGGUUUGUAAAUACAUUGUUUUGUUAACUGAAUAAUUAGGAAUCAGAUGUUAAAUAUGGGCUGGUUUAAAGUGAUCGUCAGAUUGUUGGGGAUUUAUUUAUUUGAUGUCUGUAUGUGUUGUACAUGGGUGCAUGGUUGUAUCAGGAAUUUGAUUUGGUCCAGUCUUUGCAUUUCAGAUGAUGUUAAUGUUAAUAUUGUGCUGUCUAUGUAAAUUAAUGUUCAUAGUAAGCUCAGUGGUCUGCAUUGUAUUUUUCCCAAGUGCCCUGAAUUUCCUAUUGGAACAUAUCUGGAAACCAACGAGAGAGGUGUUGUCCUGUCUCUAAGUGUUUAUAAUAAAAAACAAAAAACAAAUGUA